CCAAUCAGAUUCCUUCGCGCUCAGAGUUACUUUUCCGAAGUCGCCGCCGCCGGAGACCGUGACUUUGGCCGUUAUCGGGCGGGACACAUCCGGGGUAACGGAUUGUACCGGGGAGAGGACUGCGGCUACGGGAUCCGCCUGUCAGUGACGCCGACUAGCAGUGACAGACGACUGCUGCGUUCUUUAUGCGGGUGUGUCCUGCUGGAUUACUGCAGAGGGCCAGCUGUCCCAGUAAAGCAUUUGCACAAUGACAGGCCAAAAGUUUGCCAACGGAGAGAUUGUUAUGGGCAAGUGGCCGGGGAGCAGCCUCUACUAUGAAGUAAAGGUUGUGACGUUUGAUGCGCCCUCUCAACUUUAUACCGUGCGCUAUAAAGACGGAACAGAGCUGGAACUCAAAGAGGCUGAUAUCAGGUCUAUGACUAAUUUUCGAGUCAAGAAAAGGACUUCCAGCUCUCCUUCGAGGAGGAGGAGUCGGUCAAGGUCUCGUUCCCCUGCGCGCGUCCGAUCUCCAGGGCGUGUUCGAUCACCGGGGCGUGUCCAAACUCCACGGGCUUUAGGGACACCACAGCGUGUUCUACUUCCAGAGGACACCCAGAAUGAAAUCGAGCAGCCGUCAACCUCAGCCAGAGACGGCCGGAAAGGGGAUUAUUUGAAGGUUCAUCUCACACCGCUGAAACUUCAAGAUUAUAGUAUUGUGAAACGAAACGGCGAAGCGUCGGUCGUUCAGACAAAUAUUGAGUUUCACAGAGAGCCGAUACGCAGAGCAUUAGCACCGGUGGAGAAAGAGGUUUCAGUGGAAGAAGAGUAUGUAAAACAAGAGAAGGUUUUGCGGUAUAACCCCCAAAAAAAUAAUCUAGAAAAGAAAAAUGAUGACCUUGUUGUGACGAGACAGCCGGUAGAGAACAAUGUUUUGGAGUUUGGAGGGCCAAUGGGUGUUUCUUGUAUGAUGCUAUCUCUGCCGGUCUGCCUGUACUACUUGCUGUACAUGUGUGCACAGAAGGAUGCUCGUCUCUUUAAUUUCUACCCUCAACUGAAGUGGACUGACUUGUGGGACACGACAGUCUUUGGCUACUUUCUGCUGUGGAUUCUUCUUCAGGCGUUCUUCUACCUCCUUCCCGUUGGAAAGAUUGCACAAGGUGUUCCCCUUGCAAACGGGAACAGGCUGAGUUACAGAACGAAUGGAUUUCAUGCUCUGCUCCUGACCAUUGCGGUAGUAGCUCUGCUGCUGUACUACAAGUUCAGCUUCAUGUUCGUAUAUGAACGCCUCAGUCAGUUUGCCGCCUCCGCCGCCAUCUUCUCUGUUCUCUUAAGUUUUUACGUAUUUGUACGUUCCUAUAGAGCUCCACAGGAAGAACGCUCCGUGGCAGGAAAAUCCGGAAAUGUCCUCUACACAUUCUUCAUGGGCCGGGAGUUAAACCCUCACAUUGGCAAUUUUGAUCUCAAGUAUUUCAGCGUAGUUCAUCUAGGAUUAAUUAGCUGGGUUUUCAUUAACUUCAUGAUGAUGUUGGCUGAAAUGACCCUUUGGAAUCUUCACUACCCCUCCGUGUCAAUGAUCUUGGUAAACAGUUUCCAACUGUUGUACGUUUCCCAUGCUCUUUGGAACGAGGAAGGCAUUUUGUCCUCCCUGGAUAUUGCGUACGAUGGGUUUGGUUUUAUGCUGGCGUUUGGAAACCUGGCGUGGGUUCCGUUCACUUACAGCCUGCAAGCUGUAUAUCUGGUCACGCACGCGGUGGAGGUUUCGUGGGCACUCGCUGCAGCGAUUGCUGCUCUGAACGCUCUUGGCUACGUCCUAUUCCGGAGGGCAAACAACCAGAAGUAUGCGUUUAGGAAGAAUCCAAAUAGUGCCAGUCUUUCCUAUCUGACAUCCAUCCCGACUGCUGCUGGCAGUAGGCUCCUGAUCUCUGGCUUAUGGGGAUUUGUUCGGCAUCCAAACUAUUUGGGUGACCUUAUUAUGGCCUGGGCCUGGUGUCUGCCAUGUGGUUUCACCGUUGUCUUGCCGUACUUCUAUGGCUUCUUCCUCACCGGCCUUCUCGUCCAUCGGGUGAGCAGAGUUGAGCAUCAGUGUAAAAUAAAAUACGGAGUGGACUGGGAGAAAUACUGCCAGCUAGUGCCGUACCGUAUUUUCCCCUACGUCUACUGAACAAGACGCGCGCUUUGCAAUAUAUAACACAAACCUUAUCAGGUGUUCCACUCAGUGACAGAAGAAAUCUAUUUUGAGCCCGGUGUAAAUGUUUUGAUGUUUUGUAUAUAUUGUAUUUUAAAGUUUUAUUUGUUGAUGGGUAUUACCACGGCAGAGGUGCCUCACAGGGGCUACUGCUUUGCCGUCUGCGCUAUGCAAUGUCUUCCGUUUAAUAGAAGUUUUAGGUGGGAAUUUGGUUCCUCUCAGCUGGUGGAGGCAGAGAGUUGUUAUUGGUAAUCAGUCAGCGCUGAGCCUGUGCGGUCAUGAUGUGACGUCACGCCUCUGCAUCGUCCUAAUUCAUAGCGACCGGAGACUGGCUGCUUCUAUAAUAUGUCCCCUUCCUUAUUAGGGACCCAGUCCCUGUACACACAGAUUAUCAUGGCAGAAACUAUACUCGCGCUACAAGGUCUCCCGUAUGACAGCCAGCAAUUCUACGGCAGAAUUAUUAUUUUGCUGGCAUUCCAUUUGUUCAAAGAACGUCUAAUAGAGAAACAUUCCUGUCCACAUCUCUCGCCAUAGAUUGUACAUAUACCGGGGGGAGGUAUCUAUUGCUUUCAGGUACUCAAUCCAAAUGAAUAUUUCUUAAAAUAACGGACGUAUAUUCUUGUUGCUUGGUGCCUAGGUUAAUCACAGCUUUGUAUGCACAGAAAUAUAGUGUGUGUGUGUGUGUGUGUGUGUGUGUGUGUGUAUAUAUAUAUAUAUAUAUAUGUGUGUGUGUAUAUAUAUAUAUAUAUAUAUAUAUAUAUAUAUAUAUACACAUACAUACAUACAUACAUACAUACAUACAUACAUACAUACAUAUACACACACACACACACCCCAAGAAACAAACGAGGCGGCACUCAGAGGCUUGUGAACAUAUCAAAAAGUAUUGUGCGGUCAACGUUUCGGAGACCUCCACCCCGUCUUCAGGACAAAGUGCAAGUGAAAACAAAACAGUUUAAAUACAUUUACUCACCCCCGUCCACGGCCACGCCAUCUCCAUGGUGACACAGCCAGGUCCAGCUACGUCCCUUCCGCAUCAGGUGACGGACCAGGAAGUGCUAUGGCGUGGCCGUGGACAACGCUGGUGGGUGACAGCACCUUGUUUUGUUUCUUGUCGUAUAUGAGGGGUGAAAACUUCUGUGGAUGGCACCUGAGCAAGAAAAGUCCUGCAUGGAUGCCUUGAAUGCCGGAGUAUUUUGAGAUAGAUAUAUCAGAAAAAAUGUAAAAUAGUAUCCUGGCAUAUUAUUAGAGCUACCUCUCCUGAGCAUCUUACCUGGAUAUGUGUCAGUUUAUGUAGUAUUAUCAAGGCUAAACCCUGCUGUGUUUCCAGUUAAUAAUAGGACUUUCUAAAAAAAAAAAGGUGCAAUUCUCCAUAGUAAGCGGUAUGAGCCAUGUCCCGUAACAUCUGUGUAGGCAAAAAAGUCUACGUGUUGGUGCAGAGAGUUCUGUAGAGUGCUAGCCUUUGUUUCCACCAGCAGAGAUCGAACAUGAAAGCUUUGGUGCCCUCGUAUGGGCUGAUCACUGAGUACUUGGUAAUCAGCUCUCACUCGGGACCCUGUUACUUCCUGGGCAUAGUGUGCUAGGGUGGAAAUCUGGGCUAGAGCUACGAUCUGACUGGUAGCAGGAGAAAUGUUGGUACAUUAUGCGAGUUUGUGUUCUGCGCCACCAAAGAAGUUGUAUGUUUUAAACAUUGUAAGUUUCCAUUUGUUUUGCUUUUUGCAUACACUUGCAAAGCACCAGUCACCUACCGGCCGCAGUGCCGGGUAUUUGUGCGCGGAAUCGUUGGUGAUCCAGCCAGUUCCCUGCUAGCGAGCAGGUGGCUGGUGCACUUUGAUUUCCUCUGUGUACUUUGUUUAACACGUGUGUGUUGUCAGACUUGUUUAAUGUUAUGUUGUGAAACAUUCUUGCUCAGGACUUUGUAAUUUUGUAAAAUUUGCUACACAAUCAAAGUGUAAAAGAAAUAGUUCCACAUCUAAUUUUAAUAAGGAUUUUUCUGUGUUAUUCUACCUCUAAUGUAUACAAUUUUGCCACUUCGAUUUUAUUGUUUUUGGAAUACCGUUCAAUCACCCAAAUUUUUAAUAUACCUAGGGCAUAUGUUUUAUUUUCUAUUCAUAUUGUUGCCGUGAAUUAACAGCUGCGAUACAAUACAAACACACUUCCACACGUCACAUGAAGAGCAUCAGUCAGCCCUCGCCAGUCCUUACUGCCACGUGAAUCCUAGCUUGAUUCACUGGUUUUGUACAAAAGUGUUUUAUAUACAUGUGAAUAUAUAUUUUAAUUUUAUAAUCAUGUUUUUAUAACGUGAUACGUUGGAGAAAUAUAUACCUUUUUAUAUUUUGCUAUGUUGGUUGCCGUUAAUGUUUUUAUAAAGCAAUACGUUUAAACUGUUGAAUGCGUGAAGCAUUACCGUUUUCCACAAAUGUUUUUAUUAAAAUGUUGCAAAUAAAUGUUUUUGUCUGCUCUGA